UGUGUUUCAAUCUGCAGUCAUCCAUCAUCAUACACUCCAGUUGCACAAUAACCUUCGGUAAUGUAAUCAACAAUCACAAAUAAUCAGGGAAUUAAUGCGAGUGAUACCAUUGUGUCUUCAUGUAAUACAUUGUAUACAACCAGGAUAAUAUAUAAAACUUGAUUUUAUAACGUGGGAAAGUAUAAGAAAUCUUAUCUACAGUUUACAACAGAAAGUAGGGAACCUUAUCUACAGUCUACAAUAGAAAGUAGGGAACAAUAACUACAGUUUACAGAGAAAGUAGGGAACAAAAACCUUCUCUGUACUACAACAGAAAGCAGGGAACCUUCUGUACAGUCUACACCAAAAAGCAGGGAGCCCUAACUACAGUUUACAACAGAAAAACGAUAGAUUUGAAGAUGGCGUUUGGAUCAUUGCUCCUAGUAGUAAAUGUGGUAAUCUUGGCCGUCUACAUCCAACAAAAGUUCUUUAGUGGGGAUAAACUUGAAUCUCACCUGGCGAAGGACAUCGACACAACAUAUGAUUAUAUUAUAGUGGGGGCUGGGUCUGCAGGAUCUGUAUUAGCCAAUCGACUGUCUAAAGAUUCUAGUCUGAGAGUCCUGGUACUGGAAGCAGGAACCGACGAUCAACAACCGUCCUCCAUAGUUUUAAAAGUCCCUAUGAUGUGUGGAUUGGCUCAAAGGACAGAAUACGAUUGGAAGUAUUAUUCGGUGCCUCAAAAGAAUUGCUGCAAGGGUUUAAAGGGACAGAGAAUGUUUAUGCCCCGAGGUAAAGUUUUAGGUGGAUCCAGUCAAAUAAACUAUAACAUUUAUGUCCGAGGUCAUAGAAAGGAUUAUGAUGGCUGGUCUGAAGCUGGCUGCGAUGGUUGGAGCUAUUCUGAAGUUUUGCCAUAUUUUAUUAGAUCAGAAAAUAUUCAACCAUUCAAAAAUAUGGAAACAGAAUAUCAUGGUACAAAUGGUUCGCUUGGCGUUUCUGAAUCUCAAGUGACAGAUUUUCCCAGUUUUAUGAUAGAAGCUGGUAAAGAACUGGGGUAUGGAACUGGUGAUUAUAAUGGUAGGGAACAAAAAGGAUUUUUUGCUUCACAAACUACUAUACAAGACGGUGAAAGAUGUAGUACGGCUAAAGCCUUCUUAUGGCCAGCUGUUACAAGUCGCAAAAAUCUUCACGUUGUGACAAACGCACACGUUAAAAAGGUAGUUAUACAGAAUAAGAAAGCAGUUGGUGUAGAAUUUUAUCACAAAGGAACACUGAAGUCUGUUUCUGUAAAUAAAGAGAUUAUUCUAUCAGCUGGUGCUUUGUCUUCUCCACAGAUUUUAAUGCUGUCAGGGAUUGGACCAAAAGAACACCUGAAAACACAUAGGAUACCAGUCGUAGCUGAUUUACCAGUGGGUGAUAAUUUAGAAGAUCAUAGUAGUUUUAUAACUUACUAUAAAACAAAAGAACUCGUCUUUAAUUCUCCUAACAAAACAGAAUCUUUGUGGACGUUAGCCCAGUAUUUAACAACAAAAACAGGUGUCUUGGCCGCACCUGGAGGUUUAGAAUCGUUAGCUUUUAUAUCCACGGACCCAAAGACACCCGAAUAUCCUGACUUACAAAUACAAGCCGUACAUAUGCUGACUACUGAAGAAACCUUACACAGCAAUGGUGCAAUAGACUUUAAGUAUGCAGAUCAAAUCUCUGGCGUGGACGAUAUGAACGGUUUUUUGUUGUUAUAUGUUUUAUUAAGACCAAAAAGUCAUGGUACAGUUCGUCUAAAUAGUACCGAUGCCAUGCAACAUCCAAUCAUUGAUCCAAGAUAUUUAGAAAACAAGGAAGAUGUGGAGGGCUUGCUACGAGGUAUUCGUUUUUCACAGAAACUGGCUAAAACCAAAACUUUCAAAUCUCAGGGAUCUGAAAUGUUUCAUAAACCAUUUUCACCAUGUUUAGAAAAAUCUAAAUUUGAUAGUGAUGAAUAUUGGCGAUGUUAUAUAGGGUAUUUUACCCUGGCUCUCUAUCAUCCUACUGGAACUUGUAAAAUGGGACGUAUAGAAGAUCCAACCACAGUAGUGGAUCCACAACUAAGAGUGAAAGGCAUCCAUGGACUACGAGUAGCUGAUGCUUCUAUCAUGCCAUCCAUAGUAUCUGGCAACACUAACGCACCGUGUAUAAUGAUAGGUGAAAAAGCCGCGGAUAUGAUUCUAGGUAUAAAACCACCAACACCUCUAUCAGAUAUGUAGCUGUAUAUACCAUAACUAUCAGAUUGUUGAACUGAUCUGUCAGUAUUAAACCGUUAUAGUUAAACGUUAAUAACUAACAAAGUGUUAAACAAAGGUUGUGAACCGUUAUAAUUAUCAAAUUGUUAAACCAGUAUAACUACCAGCGUGCUAAACCGUUAUAACUACCCGAGGGCUAAACCAGUAUAACUACCAUAGUGCUAAACCAGUAUAACUACCAUAGUGCUAAACCGUUAUAACUACCCGGGUGCUAAACCAGUAUAACUAUCAGCCUGCUAAACCAGUAUAACUACCAGAGUGCUAAACCUUUAUAACUACCAUAGUGCUAAACCGUUAUAACUACCCGGGUGCUAAACCAUUAUAUAACUACCAGAGUGCUAAACCAUUAUAACUAUCAAAGUUUUAAACCUUUAUAGCAAUCAUAGUGUUAAACCGUUAAACUAUCAAAAUAAACUGUUUUUACUAUCAAAGUGUUAAACCUUUAUAGCAAUCAGAGUGUUAAACCGUUAAACUAUCAAAAUAAACUGUUUAAACGAUUAUAACUAUCAUAGUUAACUUUUUAAACAGUUAUAACUAACAUGGGAAAAUGUUCAAACGGGUAAAACUAACAGGGCAAACUGUUUAAACGUUUAUAGAUAUUAUAGCAAAAUGUUUAAUAUUAUAUACUAGCCGUGUUACCCAGCGUACACGGGUAGAGAUCAUCUUUAUUUUUGCUAAAUCCAUAAUAAUAUAAUAAUCAUUAAAUAUGUGUUAUGUAAAAGCUAAAUCUGCAUAUUGCAUGUUUUUAUUUUGGCUUAAACUCCAUAAAGUCUGUCAUUGAGUCAACUGGCGUGGUUUCGAAUCCCCGGUUGUACGUGGCAAGGGGUAGGGUCGCCUGUCUAAGCUCGUGGGUUUUCUCCGGGUCCUCUGGUUUCCUCCCACUGCUAAAGACCCCUACGCGCAAGCGAAUUAUUGAAAUAAAAUUAAACCAUAUGUUAGUCCCGAAAUGACCUAGUUUGUGUCGAGUGGACGUUAAACCCCAUUUCUCUCUCUCUCUCUGUUAUAUAAACUAUUAUUGAACCAUGAAUUCACAUGACCCGCCUUUAAUUGAUUCUCUAGAAACUCGGUUGACCGAGAGGUAAACGGAUUGCAACACGAUCGUAAUUUAAUCAUUUCAGUUUAAACAAAUCGUGAAUUAAGGCUGAGACUCGAUUAACAAGAACCGUUGCUACGAUACUAAACAAUCUAUGCCACAUCUUGUCAAAACUUCAAACACGUGUUAUAAAAUCGUUUAGAACAAAGUUAUGUGAAUGAAAAUUUCAAAAUAUUCUUUUUGCAUUAUUUUUUUUAGAACUAUUAUAGUCAGCUCUUUAUCUGCAUCUUACAUAAUGCAUAUUUAGUUGUAAACUUCAUCAAUAUAUACUCUACUAAAUACAAACUGAAUAAAACCAUUAAAUUCCUUGUAAAUUUCAAAUUAAUUCGUCCAACUCUUUGCUUUCCUACAGCGAACUCACAAACAAAAAAACAAGCAAACAAACUUUCUCGUUUAGAUAUAUAUAUAUGUAGAUCCAAAGGUUAGCAUUGACGAGGUUAUGCCUGGUCUAAUCGGGUCUAUGUGUAUAGAUUUAUGGUUGAAUAACUGUGAUUUAUUUAUAUAUAUAACGACCUAUCAAUGUCUACAUAUCCCCAAUAAUAUUACAUUUAAUCAAUCGUAUUAUAUACGCCCUGAUAAUAAUGUCAUUCAGAACUGAAAAUAAUAAUAUGAGAUGUGACGGACCUUGAAUAAAUACAAAUUGACAUGGACUUAACGAUACUUUAGAAUCAAUGGCGGAAAACAACAUUUUAAAGUAACACUAGGCAAACCUAGGAAGCCAUGUUUACAGAUCGGCAUUACAUAAAACUGCAAAAUCUCUUUUGGGAACCCUUAGAGUUGCAUUUUUCAAGAGCACAAUCUGUCUAAUGGAGAUCCUUCGUUUGGCCUCAAAUGUUAUAUAAAUCAUUAAUUAGACAUUUAUUGACAUGCCAGGCCCAUAAUCAACUAUCUAGAACUUUGAAUGGUUUUGAUUUUCAACAAAUUGUCAGUUAAUGAUUUAAUUUUAAAAUGGAUAAUCAGACUUGGUUUAUUAUAUUGUCAAUCAAGACUACACCGUUCUGCAAAAGACGAUAACUCCGCUCAGAUUGAAGCAAUUUCGCUGAAAUUGUCAAGAUAUUCACUUAUCAUUAUCUACUUUUUAACUAUUAAAGCGAGAACUGUAAGCUCUUUAUCAUUUUGAAUCUUUCAAUUCGAAAUAUCCAUUCCUAGCAUUGUGUCCUAAAAUCAGGUUUAUGCAAUCUAGAAUUUUAAAAAAAGAGGUUAUGUUUCACAAAUACAUAAAAAAAUAAUAACCGCCACGGGGUUACUCUUAAAGGAGGCAAAUCGCUAAUAUUUGGGGCCUAAAAAUUGGCACAAAUGGGUCGCAACGUAUAUAAUAAUGUAAUAUGGAUGUAAAUAAACUGAUUUACAUUCAGUCGUUUCCGUUUUUACUCUAAUUUCAAAGCAGUUCUGUUCGGCGAAAUAUGCCAGAAGUUUCAAUCGAAUGGCAAUCUCUAGCGUCUGAUUAUUCCAGUCUACACCAAUAGUAUUUAUUGCGCAUGCUCUCCAUAUAAGAAUAUGAAGUCACCGUUUGACAUGACUUGUGGAAUAUGUCUAAACUCGUUCUUCGAGUCGCUUGUUACAAAUUGUGCUGAAACGCAUUAUGGUACACGAUUCGUGUACCAAUCGUAAAAUGUUUAUUUUGUCUUAAAUAUUGGAUAUCAGAUACCCAUCUUUUCCCGGUAAGAUCACAACACCAAUGUUGAUUAAAAUUGACAACUAAUUCGUGUUUUCAAUGUCGAAGGUUUUGGGUGAUAUUGAGUUAGAGACUUAGAUACUUUAACAUACUAUUUACACGUAAUGUUGAAGUCUUAAUUGAAAGGUUUAACAAAAAUGUUCGUGUCGGUGAAGAAACUUUAAACUAUCCAAGGGGCAUAAUUCCAGCUUUUAACACCACGUACGACCGAGAAAGUCUAAAAGUUAAAGCCCACUACAGAUUUCGUCAAGGUUGCGAGAUGUAAAUAGGGUUAGGGCACGUGUUUUUUGACGAGAUUGUAGGUUAGGGUUAUCGGGAGGUGAGGGUUCUUUACGGGUUAGGAAUAGAUCUAGGGCGCUAGCCCUAAUUAUAUCUCGUGACCUUUGACCAAAUCUGCAGUGGGUCUUAACGUUUAUAACUAAUCCGUACGACCGUACAGUGAAGUAAUCUUCUCUCCCCAAUGAAUUCAGUGAUAAAGCCUUAUCCUGUAACAUUUUUGUAACAUUCUUAAAAAUAGCAAGGUGUACUAUCGCAUUGCAUUUCCGUUAACUACCUAUAAUUUACUGUUGUUUAUCGCUAGGACAAACUAGGUCAUUUCGGCAUUUGCUUCAAUUUUAUUUCGAUAAUUCGCUUGAGCGUUCGGCUCUUCAGUGGGAGGAAAUCGGAGAAAACCCACGUCAUUGAACAGGCGACCCGGUCUACUCUUUGUCACGCACGUACAAACGGGGGUCGAAAACACGCAACUUGACCCAAUGGUAGACCUUAUGUUCUCAAGCGAACACGUUGCCCCCCGCCCCCCGCCCCCCUCCCCCGCAUUU